AUGGCGCACUUAUAUCCUACAGUAGGAAAUUAUUUAUCAGAGCCCUUGCCUCCAAUCCAAGAAGUUAGGGAAGUUUUUUUUGAUGAAUAACAUUACCAUAUGGAGAUGGAAAAGAUGAGAGCUUACCUAAGAGAAAGAGAAAAUACAAUAUAAACUCAAAUGAUAGAAAUAGAUACUUUAGUUAACGAAAAUAAUUUUUUAAAAAGUGAAGUAAACAGAGUUAUAGCUGAGUCUGUUUAAUAUAAAGACACUUUAAAGCGCAUGUAUUUGGUUUAUUUAGAUCAAUAGAAGUAUAUACACUAAAUAUAGACAGCAAAUGCAGAUUUAUCCGUGAAAUUUGAUCAUCAAAAUGAUAAAAAUGCGAACUUGUUUAACGAAAUACAAAAUAUGACAAUGGAUAAAGAGGUUAAUUUAACAAGAUUAAAAGAGGGCGACAAAAAAUAUCAGUACGAUAUAUAGAGUUUAACAUCACAGAUGAAUGAUAAAAAUAUAGAAUUAUCUGAAAUGAGACGUAAAGUUAAUGACCUGAUUGAAAUAAAAAGGAGAUUAGAGGAAGAAACAGGAGCAUUACGCUUUAGUUUGGAUACUUUAAGAUCAAAAAGUGAAACGGAAUUGAGGGAAAAGUAGAUAAGAAUUGAAUAAAUAGAACGUACUUACUCGGAAAACAAUUCUUUGAAGAACGAAGAAAUUCAACAUCUAAAAAAUAAAAUAAAAGAAUUAGAUAUGCUACUUCUAAAGAGCACUGAAUAAAAGAGAGCUUAUUUAGGUGAAAUACAAAGUCUCAAUAAAGAAGCACUUGAUAGAAAUUAUGAAUUAAGCAAGAUAAAACCUAAUUAAAGCGGUGCCUUCUUUGAAACUGGCUCUAAAGAAAAUAUUAGAGGGGCAUUUAAUCAAAGUGAUUACAACAGAUUACCUUAAAACCAGGGUGAUAUUAGCUAUGCACAUGAUCAGUUUAAUGUUGACACUUAACCCUUUAAUGCAAGUGGAAGAAGAGGAGUUCACUUUGAAUAGGGUGGGGAUGGUUUUAAUGAAGAGAGGUAAUUUAGAGGUUCUUCAGAAUAUGAGCUUCCUAACGAUAGAAGAUAAAACGCUAACAAUCAAAGCUAUACAAACAACAACAAUAAUAAUAAUUAAAGCUAUGGAAAUAACAAUUAGAGCUAUGGACCUUCAAAUAAUUAAACUAAUAAUAGAGGUGGCUAGGGUAAUAAUGGAAAAAAUACUGCAUAGAACUAAAAAAGUGAUUAAAUUAUGAAUAAAAUGUUUAAAGAACCUGCAAUUUAAGUAUAAGGAGCUUAAAGUUUUAUCUAAGAAAGCGGAGAUUAAAAGGAUAGAAUGGAUAAAUUAUUAGAAAUAUCAGAAAAUGCAACAAGAAGAAGGUUGAUAGAUUUAAUGUUAUAAAUGUGGAAAGCAAAGUUUGCUUUAUCUAUAAAAAAUCGUAAAGGUGGUGUGACUCUGUAAGACGAAAAAAGAAAGCAAGAAAAUGACAAGCAAUCCGAAAAUAUGUUAUCAAAUAGCUUGGCUACUAAUCUAGUUGAAAUUCUAGCAUUUAUUAGAAGAAGUUCUGUAGAUAUUUUAUUUGAAUUGUACCAAAGAAGCAUUGACUCAGCUGAAUCUAAAAAAAUAAACUCAUUGAUUAUAUUUACAAUCAAUUUGAGAGAGCUAAAAGUUUAAUUUAAGGGACUAAACAUAGUUUUAGAAAUGUAUAACAAAUUAAUUAUUUUACUAAGAAAUUAUUUAAAGGAGCUUAAAUCAUAAAGACCUUCAGAUGCCCUUAUCCCUAAGGUUACAAUCUCAACAGGUAAACUAUGGAGUAAAUCAAACGAUGAAAGAGAUCUGGCUAAUAAAUGGAUAGAAAGCACAUUAAAUUAAGCAAUAGAGUAAAAAUUAAAAACAAGCAACGAAGAGAAAAAUAAAGACAUUAUUUUCUUAUUCAGACUACUUACCCUUAAACAUAAAGUCAAGUAUCCACUCUAAGGAACUCCUUUCAAUGUAGAUUUCGAUUUAAUGUCUGUCUUAGAGCAUAAAAUCUGUGAUGGUUUUAGAAAAACUGUUGCAAGUGAAUUUUGA